GCGGCCCAUUCACAUGCAAAUCCCAGGUUAUUACUAAUAUUACUGUAACGAGAGAGACCUUUCCCCGCCCAGCAGCCUGACUAUGGGGCAGUUACUAAGGGGCAGAUAGGCAGAAUGUACUGAGACCGGCAGCAGGGUAAGUCCCUUUCCCAUUGGCACAAUGUUGGAGAUUUUGGGGUUAAUUCUGCUCACGUCAGGAUUCGUUCAAGGGGGGCAGGUUUGCUACGAGAGGAUUGGCUGCUUCCCCGAUGAGGCCCCAUGGGGGGGCACCGUACAGAGACCAAUUGCACGGUUGCCGGACUCCCCGGAACACAUUAAUACUCGCUUCCUUCUAUUCACCAAGGAGAAUCCGGAUACGUUCCAGGAGAUCAGGGCUUUAACCCCCGGCGCCAUUUCCACCUCCAAUUUUAAAGCCUCCAGGAAAACGCGUUUCAUUAUCCACGGAUUCAUCGAACACGGAUACGAUAGGUGGCUGACCCACAUGUGCGCCACGUUGCUGAAAGUGGAAGACGUGAACUGUUUCUGCGUGGAUUGGACCGGGGGGGCCUACGCUCUUUAUUCGCAAGCGGCAAACAACGUGCGCGUGGUGGGGGCCGAGGUGGCCCAUUUUAUCCAGUUCCUGUCGAAUCAGUAUGGCUACUCCGCGGCUAACGUGCACGUGAUUGGUCACAGUCUGGGAUCUCACGCUGCGGGGGAAGCGGGGAAGAGAACGCCUGGAAUUGCGCGAAUCACAGGUCUGGAUCCAGCCGGACCUUUCUUUCAGAAUACGCCCCCUGAGGUCAGACUCGACCAAUCAGAUGCACAACUGGUAGAUGUCAUUCAUACGGACGCAUCGGCCAUCUUCCCACUGACUGGGUUCGGCAUUGGCCAAUCUGUUGGCCACCUGGACUUCUAUCCCAAUGGAGGAAAGAAUAUGCCGGGGUGCAAGAAGAGCCCCACCUUGAAAUACUUAGAUAAUUAUCGGAUUUUCAAAGGAUCAAAAGAAAUAAUUUUCUGCAGCCAUAUUCGUAGCUAUAAAUUCUAUACGGAAAGUAUUCUGACUCCUGAUGCCUUCGUUGCAUUUCCCAGCUCUGAUUAUAAGACGUUUAAAAAGGGUACAGGAUUCCCUUGCCCCAGUGGGGGCUGCCCAUUAAUGGGGCACUACGCAGAAGAGUUUUUGGGACCCACAUCGGGCAAUUUAUCCUUCUUCCUGAAUACUGGGAAUUCCGAGCCCUUUGCACGAUGGAGAUACAGGGUAACUGUCAGAACCACCGGCACGGGGUUCCUGGGAUCGAUCCAGGUGUCUCUGCAUGGGAUUCGGGGGAACUCGAAACAGCAGGAGAUUGCGAGUGGGUUCAUUAAGCCCGGAGGCACCUACUCAGCCUUCAUUGAUACCGAAUCCGACGUCGGGCCCCUCACAACCGCGAGUUUCACCUGGAAAAAGAGCCUCAUCGACCUCAUUCCGGGCACAGUCGGCGCCGACACUGUAACCGUGCAGUAUGGGAAGGACGGACAGACGUACCAUUUCUGCAGCACAGAGACUGUGAAGCCCAAGACCAUUCAGAACCUGACUCCCUGUUACAUCCCAGAUGAGUAGAUCCAGUUCUGGGUUUCGGAACCACAACAACAUUGUGCGUGUAAUUGGGCAAAUAAAAUAGAUUUACCCCUCC